AUGUCUUUGCCUACUCCCACACCGAUUAGUGUGGCAAACGCAAAAAAAACCUUGUAUUUACAGUCUGGGUCGAAUGGAUUUGGAACAACAAACGGAUAUCUUCAGAAUGCUUUAAUUGGGAGCGGUCACCAAGGACCAGACAUAAUGACAAGGAUUUCGAUGUCCCUUAAGUCUGGAAUUGAUAGCGAAAUUGAAUGGGCUCUAUCUUAUUUGACACAUUUGUCCUGUUCAGACGGCCACUUGAUUAAGUUUGAAAAGGCGCCAUUUUUAGGACACGAGCUUAUAAAACAUUUUGUGAAGCCUUUUCAAUUAUUGUUAGACCGCAAAGAGAUCAGUCAAAAGAUGAUGCUGUUGAGUCUAGACUCUAUAUUAACCCUCAGAAAUGCAGCUCAAGAUUUAGGUAAUCAACAAUGGUUGUCUGAAAUUACUUCGUUGAGAAAGAGUAUAGUGGAAGUAUUGAAAUUUUUUGUUGGGUGGUUUUAUAAAGAUACAAGUAAAUCUUACCAACUACAGCAAUUUAGUGAUCAGUUCAGAGAGUGCCUUAAUUAUUUGGUGGAUUUAGCGGAACCAUUAAGCUGUUAUUACAUUGAUAAUACCAAAAAUGAUACGCUAUUCAACCAGUUCUUGUUACUUGCAACAAUGACAAAAGAUAAAUAUUUGCUUUUGGGAUCUUUAAAAUGCUUAACUCACCUUUUGAUAGUUCGACAUUCUUCAGGAGAGAAGGAUGAAGGACAGAAUAGACAACAAGAGGAUGAUGUAGUUGAGAUUGCACCGAAUAAUUGCAUUGAUGCCAUACAGGAAGAUCAACUUGAGAAUUUUGUGAAUUAUUUACUUUUGAAUGACAAUGAUGUUGUCGUUACAGUACUUGAAUUUCUUAAACAGUUUUUAUCAUCUGAAGCACUUCAUCCUCAGUACCCGAAAUCGAUUAAAAAUUCUCAGCUUUAUAGACUUCAAAAAUUGCUUCAGUUGAAAAGCAGCAAAGCAAAUUUCCACACUCUAGCAAAGCAGCUACCAAUUUUGCUAGUUUCAGGUUUACCCUUGAAUGACCCUUCGAAGCUUCCUGUUAUACCACAACUUAAUUUAACUAAGAGAUCGCGCUUUGUGGGAGUUCCCUCCACCAUCCCGGAUUUGCCAAAACAGCUCUACGACAUUGUUGUGAAGUUCCCUGAACCACUUCGAGCUACGACGUGGUUACGUUGUUGCUAUGAACCAUGUUCGGUAGGUACAAAAGGUGUUGAAGGCGGGGUUGCUCCUGGUGAAGUUACCCAGAUAUCCUUGUGGAAGUCUUAUGAAAAACAAUUCGAAGAAGUAUGGCAAACAUCCAAAACGCAGCCUAAUCCUGAGUGGCCAUCUUUGCUUCCUGCUGUUGAGUUUAUCAAAAAUGUGAAUAAUGCUUUCCCUAACUCAGAAGCCAUGGUGGUCAACCUUGAAACCGAGACUCCGGGUCAGGCCCCAAAAAAGAAGUUCAUCAUAAAGGGCAUCCAGCCAAGGCAGUUUGCAGUCAAUAUAGAUGUGGGAAACUAUGAAGCUGUCAGGCGUAACACGAGCGACUCUCAGGCGCAAGACGAAACAAAUCUCGAAAUUGGUCAUAUAGACCCUGGGAAAUUUGAGCACAGUAUCAACCAUCUAGCUGACUACAUUUUAUCUAACAGUGCAUCAUUGUCAAUUUCUCUGAACGAGUUCAAUCAAAUUAAUCAAAUUAGUCUUGAACUCUUGGACUAUAUCGCUUCAGAAGUACUAGAGAAGAGCUCGAGUUCAGACGAUUUACAGGGAAUCUUUAAGCUUUACAAUAGACACUGGUUGUGUGACAUUGUGUAUGCAAAUCCUGAGCUUUUAGAGAAAGGAAUUGUCUCCAAUAGGUGGUUCAAAUACUUGAUUUAA